CAGGGGAAGGAUACGGCUCAUAUGAUCAUAGCAGCGCAAAUAUUUAAGGCUUAAACAGGCGUCACCCCCGCACUUAGCAAAGGUCUCUUCUGUCGUGGUAUUCAUUUCAGUCACAGUCCCUGGCGGACAAUGCGACUAGCCUAACUGCUCAACUCCCGGCUCGACCAGGUGGACAACUCCAGAAAGAAUUCAAUCUACCAUCAUCAUCCCAUACACAGAGCCACGAUAGCAAUUUACAUCGUCUCGUUGGUUUUGACACUGACACAAUAACUAACUGACACUUUAACAGACUGAGAGACGGCCAUGAAUAUUUUGGAAACUGUGCUUUAUUUCACGGCGUUCAUUGCAAAUUCAUAUGCGGCCGACUUCUGUUACGAUGAAGAAUACUGCAACCCGUAUUCCUGGGGAAACAAAUUUCCUUCCUGCCACCCCAUCAUCGACCAGCAUCACUCCCCGAUCAACCUGGACCAGCAGAUGAGCCGGAACAUGUCCCUGGGAGCGCUGCAGCUGAAGGGCUUCGACGCGGUGCAGCCGGGGGAGUGGACCCUGAAGAACAACGGCCACACUGUUGUGCUGCAGGUGGAGUUGGGGAUGGAGGUGAGAGGUGGAGGUCUGCCUGGAAAUUACACCACUCUGCAGCUGCACUUCCACUGGGGCAGUAAUUCCACCAACGGGUCGGAGCACACCAUCAAUGGCAGGAGAUACCCCAUGGAGAUGCACAUUGUCAACAUGAAGACUGUGUAUUAUCCCAACUUCACGGCGGCCCUGGAAGACCCCACAGGGAUCGCCGUGCUGGGAGUCUUCAUCGAUGUGGCAGAGGCUGAAAGUGACAGUUUCAGUGUCCUCUCCAAUUUAGUUCCUGCAGUGGCCUAUAAAGGGAAAACUGCGCAAGUCGCGCCCUUUCCGCUAAGCAGCCUUCUGCCCAUGAAGAACAUGAGCCAGUAUUACCGUUACCAUGGCAGCCUCACCACUCCUCCAUGUUCCACAGCUGUUGAGUGGACCGUGUAUGAAGUCCCUAUUUACAUCUCCUAUAAACAGCUGAGUCAGUUUGUCUCGGGGGUGUACCACUCGGAAGAAGGCGCCCAACGCGCUGCUCCCCUGUACAACAACUUCCGGCACAUUCACGACACCUUCAACCGCAAAGUCCACGCAUCGAAGGACGCCGCCCUGCUCUCCAGCGCCGCCCUGCCUGUCUACAGCCUGCUGCUCUGUCUCGCUCCCGUCCUGAGUGUGGGACUGUCCUGAGAGUCCGCUCACGACAUCCUACAAACAUCCCCACGACGUCCCCGCAACGUCCCUGUAACGUUCCCACAAGGUCCCCAGAGUGUCCCCACAAAGACACAUUGUUGUAGUGAGGGGCUUUGUGAUUGACUAUUGUACACCACGAGGAGAGAAGCAGGAGGGAUGCAUGAAUCUAUUGAAGCCUUUAUUUAUUUAUCUGAGAUUAUCUGGACUACUUGAACUAUCAUUGCCAUGUCUGUAACUGUACUGAAUCAGCAUUGUUAUAUAUAUAUACAGUAUAUAUAUAUAUAUAUAUUUUUUUUUGUUCCCUCUUGAGAUAAUCGGUGAAAUCAUAAACUAGUGGAAAAGCCAUGAUGUACAGUUAGAAUGUCCAACCUUAGUCCGGGUUUUCAUUGUUAAUUGUUACUCAGCACUUAAUUGAUCCAUUAAAGAUUUUUAUUACACAGUUAA